AUGCCAUAUUCGACAUACAUUCUACCAGUGCAACGAGGUAAAACAUUUGUUUGUGGUAAUUUGAAUGCGAGAUGCUCAACAGAUCCUGACUAUAUUUCAUGUGAUAAUUUGAGUGAGUAUGUGAAUCAAAUUGAAUCUGACAAUGAUCCCAGUUCACCUCCUUUACCUAGAAAUACAAGUGAUAAAAAUUCAAAUUCUUUUGGAUCUAAACUUCUUUCAUUUUGUAAAUCUACAUCUUGUUUAAUAGCAAAUGGUCGUUUAGGUUUAGAUGCAUCAGACGGUAGAAUAACCUUCUGUAACAAAAAGGGUGAAUCUCUCAUUGAUUAUUUACUUGUCCCACGACAUUCAUUACAUGAUGUUAUUGAUAAUGUCUAUGGUAAAACUAUUAGUAAAAAUAAGAAUAAAUGUAAUUAUGCCAUACAAAACAAAUGGUUUAGUAAAGAUUGUAGAAAAUCAAAGAACGACUUUAAGAAAUAUAGAAAUGAAUAUUAUCGAGGUAGAUCUCAUAUAGCUAGAAUUAAUUAUGUUAAUGCAAGAAAUAAGUAUAAUGGUGUGAUCAGAAACGCAAAGUCAGAAUAUCAGAUUUUACAAGCUGAUGAAUUAUGUAACCUUUCUAAUUCGGAGCCAAAGAGUUUCUGGAAACGUAUUAAGGCAUCUAGAAAUGGUAUUUCUAUUGACAGCAGUCUUUCAAUCAAUGAUUUUGUUUCUCACUUCCAUGAAGUGUAUGGUGAAUAUCCGAAGGAUGAUAGUUCGAAUGAAUUUACCUACUCGACUGAGGAACUUCCCAACAUUUCAGAACUAGAUAAAGAUUUUACCAUAGUAGAGGUUGUGAAUGCUCUCAGUUCUGAGACGAGUGAAAAGCUCGGGUUUAGAUAA